CUGUGAGAGAGCGCGCGCGCGCCGAGCCCGCGUACGUGUAUCGUCAUCGCCGUCGCCGCCGCCGCCGCUGUCGUCGCGCGGGUGUUUCGCGUUCGGGUAUCUCCGCGCAGUCGGUCAACGAAACAGAAAGUGGCCGUACGUCGUCCGUACCGCACGCGCCGCGACACACAAAACACAAACAAAAUACACACACAAAUAUUAUACACACAGACUCAAAAAAAAAUAAAAACACACACGCACUCCUCGCACACCUGUGACGAAGUACAAAUCGUUAUUAAUAUAACAAUAAUUUAUUAUUUUUCGUUUACGCCACGAUUUUUGGUUUUUUUUUUUUUUUUUUUGAGAUCAUUAUAAUCGUUGUUUUGGUCGUUUCGAGACGAUUUCGCGGGUUUCGUAUCGGCGGAGAGCGGCGUGAUAUUACCCGUAUCGACGACGUCAUAAUAAUAUUCGAAAAAACAAAAACGGUAAAUCGUACAAUACGUUGUCAUCGGUCUGUCCUUCGACGCCGCCAGUGCCGGUUCGUCGAGUACUACUGCGGUUCACCCGGCCGAGGAGUAGAUAAUUAAUUUACUAAAGACUAUAUUAUAUAAAUCGAAAUAAAAAAAAAAAAACACACACACACAGUCGAACGUCGCGAUCUACGGACCAGACGACACCGACGUCCGCCGUCUCGCGGCAUGCGAUCGUCGUCGUCGUCGUCGUGUCCCUCUUCGACAAGCGUCGCUCGUCGUUGAAUGGCUCCUCGCCGGAACGCAAUGGGUUUCAACGGUAUGGGACAUUUCGCCGACUUGUUCGGCCCGUCCACCACGACGGCCAUGGAACAGUUGUUCCACCAGCAGCACCAGCAGCAGCAGCAACCCUAUCAACAGCUCGUCCAGCAACAGCACUACGAAGAGUGUUGCGUGCCCACCGGCGACUGCUUCAUGCGGUCCGCCCCGAUCAGGCCGGAAGAUCCGCGCGCCGCCGAACUGUACGCCCGCGUGGUGUGCAGCGACGGCGGAUGUCCGGCCGGCCGGUACAUGCACCGCGAGUGUUUCGACGCCUGGGAAAGGCUGGUGUUGGUGUACAUGAAGAACGCCGCGGCCACGUACGCCAACGGUAACGCGACGCCUCAGCCCAACGGCCGGCGCAUCAAGGACCUGUGGACGGUCAACGUCAACAACAACAACGUGGUGAACCUCAACAAGAAGGGCUACGAAAUGGCGUUCAAGGCGUGCGGCUGCCGUUGCGGCCGCGGUUACCUGAAGAAGGACUCCGAGUGGCCGCAGCAGACGUCCCUGGCCGCCCCGGCCGGCGUCCGCAGACGGUCGUCCGGAGGCAGCGGAGGCGCCGCCGACGACGUGUUGGACGGCUUUGCCAGGACGUCGGCCGCACCGCCGACCGUCGGCGGCAAGAAGAAGAAGCGCCGCCAGCCCGCCGCGGCCAGACAACCCGCGGCCGCGGCGUCCGCGAUGAUGAUGGCCGCCGACUACGCCGAGCUCCGGCUCCGGGCCGGCAGCCUGUCCGGUUCCUCGAACGGUUCCAGUUCGCCCGUCACCAAUUCCGCCAGCAGCGUGUCGCCCGCCCACUCGGGAUCGUUCGGUUCCAGCAACAGCACCGGCGCCGGUUCCGGUUCCGGGUCGUCGUCGUCCAAGAGGCGCGGGGCGGCCUGUCUGAAAGACGUUUUCGAGAGGCAGUCAUCCAUGAACGGCAAUGGCAUAUUUUGCCGCCGCCUGGACUUCAGCACAUUCAAUCGGCUACCUCGGCACAUGCUCAACUCCUAUCACGUAAAGAUCGAAGACGAGGGUAACCACGGAAACGACGAAACCAGAUCGUUCAUUUUGUCGUCGUUGGCCGCUCAAAACCAAUCGCGAGUCAAUUGCGUCCUGUGCUCGGACGUUAUGUUGGUGUUCGACCGUUAUCCACUGGUAGACGGUACAUUUUUCCUCAGCCCCAAGCAAUACAACAAAAAUGCUGUCGAGGUGAAAAACGAGGGACGAGCUCUGUUCCUGAACGCAGUCUGUAUGAAAUGUCUGGAUGGCAAAGACGCUGACCGGAAACUGUGUUGCCGAUUCUGCGCCACUCAGUGGGACGGGUCAUCGCUCAUCAUGGGCACCAUGUACGCGUAUGACGUAUUCGCAGCUAUGCCGUGUUGCAACGAACGGCUCAAGUGCAACGGCUGUCAGAAAGCAUUGAUGUUGUCGCACCAACGCCUGAACUUCUACAGCGAUUAUAGCCGAAAAGUCACCUGUCCGCAUUGCACUUCUGUUGACUAUCAUUUCGUCAAGCCGCUCGCGGUGUACUACACCCGACAGUGGCCAUAACAUACGGCCACGGUCCCGACCACAAUGGUCGGGACCGGUGGCCGCCUAACGGCAGCCACCCCCGUCGCCGCUACAACAGCGGUAUCUUGCUCCUCUUCAUCUGUCGCCGUCGCCCCGCCGGCUGUACUUCAACAGCUACAAAAUCAUCAAAACCUGCAACAGUUGCAACAGCAGCAACAACACGCGCCGCCCGAUUACACUUCGGUGGCCAUUGAAAAACUGCUCCAUUCCAUAUGGGACAACAAAGUAAACGAUAUCAUGGCGGCCAUUAACCACUUGGGUUUGGUCUGAACUAUUUGAAUGCGGUUGUGUGUAUAGAAAACCGAAAGGGCUUUUUCAUCUUUUCAAAAAACAAAAAACAAAAAAAAAACAAAGGUGUUCUUUAUUAUUAUUAUUAUUUGUUCGUAGUUGUUUAAUUAUUAUUAUUACUAUUAUUAUUAUUAUUAUUAUUAUUAUUAUUAUUACGUUUGUGGUUUUUUUUUAAUUGAAAAAAAACAUUGAAAUAAUCAUUAUUUAUAAGAUUUUAAAUAUUAUUAGGUGUUAGUGAUUUUCAAAGAAAAGACGUCGUAAUGUAAUUUUUUUCUUGUUAAAAUAUUUUGUACAGUGGUCCCCGUUAAAAAAAAUCAAAAAAAAAAAAAAAAAAUUCAAAACAAAAAAAAAUUAACCAAAUAAUUAUUUAUUGUACAAUAAUAAUAAUAUUAUGUAAUGGGAUGAUAUUAUUAUAUACCUAUAUGAGACUUCGAGCGGGACCCUCCUAUCGACUGCUUUUCCUCGCCCGCCCGCCACGACGACGAACACCAUCAAUUUUUCGGUUUUGGCGGCAUUUUGUGUACGUAUGUAUGACAUUUUUAGUUCUUUUUGUAUAGUUGAUGAUUUAUAAAAGUUUAAAAUUUUCAUAUCGGUUCUUAUAGUAAAUUCUACACGACGUACCUGUGCGGAACAUAAUAGUUAUUUUAUAUCGCGAUAUCCUGUAUCGUUAGAGUAGUAGCGUUGUUGUUAAUAUGUAGCUUUUAUAUUUGGACGUACACGGCUUUUCGCUAUAACGGGGGCGGUCUACGGCGGCGGGCGGAAGAAGCGUCGUCUGCUGUGGUGGUGUGUGAUAUUAAAAUUUGUUCUUAGGUGUCGAUUCGUCGACUUUCGGGCGAGUCUAUAAUUAUUAUUUAUAAUAUUAAUAUUCUUAGAACAACAGUACAACAUAUUAUAUAAUUAAUUAAUUAAUAAUAAAAAAUACGUAGAGUACAAUUAUUAUAAAAGUAAUGGAAUAAUUAUAUAAUAAUAUUAUGUGGAUAAUGUAAUAAUAAUAUCACGUUUGAGCUAUCCGAAACCUAUACGGUAAUUUUACCUAUCUGUAUAUGUUAUGUGUUUUACGUAGACGCCGCGUACACGGCCGUAUCGCCCCUAACGAUAUACUAUCAUCGUCGUCGUCGUUUUGUGUGUGCGACUUAUUGUGCGAGCGUAUUUAUUGUAUAUGAAACGUGUGUGUGACGUGUGUGGUUAGACACACGUGACAUUAUAUUUAUUAUUAUUAUUAUCAUUAUGUAUUCUUGCUCUGAUGCUCAAUUACCGCUACCUCUUGUUUUGUUUACCAAUCGUACUAUAUGUUAAUUAACAAAGCAACAAAAAAAAAAAGGAACAGUUUUUACGUGUGUGUUAAUAAAUCUAUAUACAUAAAACAAAAAUUUCGAGAUUUAAAAAAUAAUAUAUAGUAUACGGGUUUUUUCCUUUUGAUUUCAAUUCCAUCAUCAUCAUUAUCAUCAUUUUUGUUAUUAUUAUUAUUAUUUUUUUUUUUUUAUUAUUAUUUGUUUGUCGAUUUCGAUCAACUCGGGGGGACACGUUUUAAUACUACUACAAAACAAAAAAAAAAAAACUACAAAUACAAAUCGUUAUUUAAAAAUACCUCAGCUACCUCAGCUACCUCGAGUUUCAUUUAUCCCACGAAAAUGAAUACUCUUUAGUUAAUUUUUUUUUAACUCAUUUUAGCCCAAGUUGAGUUGUUUUUAUUUCUAUAUAUACUUCUUUCCUUUAUUAUAUUAUUUGAUAUUGUUAAUGUAUACAUAUAUUGUGAAUCGUGAUUUUUUUAUGCUUUAUGUUUUGUUAUUAUGCACUAAUAGUACAACAUUAAACAAAUUAUGUUUUUAAUUAAUGAUUAUUUAUAUAGUCUAAAUGAGUAGGUUUAUAAAUUAAAAAAAAAAGUAAGGGAGAAAAACAAAAAAAAAACGGAACGGAUCGUACAAAUGGAAAUACUUCAUUAAUUGAUAUUAUUAGCAAUAUUAUAUUAUCUAUAUAUAAUAUUACGUGGAUUUUUUGUAUUAUCGGCGUAAAAUUUUGACUAUUUUUAACAAAUUAAAUCGUAUUUCUAGGAGAGUUUUUUUGUUUGUUCGACGCGUUUGGAUUGUCGCCGUGUUAUUAUUCUAUAUAUAUUUUUUUUCGACAUACUCUGUCUGUACCUGUUCAUUAGAAAAAAAAAUUAAAUAAAAAACAUAAUAAACAUUAUUUUGUUUAACUCGUUACAGCGCAUUUGUUAGUGUAUAGAUAGUGUUACAUGAAUGUGAGAAGAAGAUAGAAAGAGAGAAUAUAACAAACUCACUUUUUGUUAAUAUCAUAUUUUCACCCCAUGUAUUACAAUAUUAUAGUAUAUUAUAUUAUGUAAUCGCUAUAGUAUUAGAUUUUAACCCCUCCAUUCCCCCGUGUACAGUUAUUAUAUUGUACAUUUUUAUUAUUAUUAUCAUCAUCUUCAUCAUCAUCAUCAUCAUAAUUUUUUAUUAUUAUUAUUAACAUGAUGUAUGUGUUAAGGAGUUUCUUAUUAUUUUUUUCAUCAUCUGAAAAUUUUUUUUAAAAUAAUAUUUUGUAGAGUUUUUUGGAGUGGUUUGCGUUUUGUGUAAUAUUUCUAAGGUAUUUAAUAAGAGAACAACAGAUACCUUCUAUAAAAUAAGUAGUUUUAUUCUCAAUAUUGAUAAUUUGCAUAAAUUUUAUUACUAGUAAUUAAAUAUAUUAUUACUAUUUUUUUUUUUUUUUUUGAACGAGAGAAAAGAACUCGACAUUUUUAGUUUUGCAUUCUAGUCAGAGUCGGAAUUAUAAAAAAAAUUAUUAAAUAUAUAAUACACAUAGUAUACAUAUUUAAAACAUAAUAAUUCGAACUACCUAUUUUAUAGUUUUUAUUACACAUUUUGUUUUUAUUUUUAGCACUUUUUUUUGUUAGCAUUUUUGAUUUUAGUUAAUUUUUUUUUCCUCGUGAGUGUAUUUAUAUAGCAAUAGUUAGAACUUUUUUGGUGACGGUGUCACGGUUAUUAUUUUUAUUUUCCUUACAAUUUUAUUUUAACUCGCUCUUUAUAAGUAUGUUAGUAUGUUAGGUCCGAAGCUAUAAUAAGAGACGGAGAGUUUGUGGUGAAGUCUUGAUUUCCGCAUUCGGUAAUUAUUGAGAAGGCCGGUGAACACUCGCGUACGCGACAGCGAAACUAUUUCGGCACUUAUUAUCCAAAAAUGUGUUCAAAAAUUUAAAAUUUUAUUACAUUUUACGACCAUCAUCGCUCAAUUAUGUAAACGAGUAAAUAAUGAAUCUUUUCUCAUUUUUCCUGAUGUGUAGUGGUGGGUGAUUAUAUGAAUAUUAAUUACAAUGACAAAUAAACUGCUGAGCAGUGUUGACAGAUUUAAUCUAGUCGUAUGACUCACGUAAGUAAUACACGUGUAAUCGGUUAUCACAUACUUUUUUGCAGCCCCACAUUCGCUAGUGACUUUCACCAUCACCUUCUCGUUAAUUACUGUAAUUAUUACAAUACUGCGAUUUUACAACGAUUUAUUCGUAUAUUAUACUUUUAUAAGUAUAAGAAAAAUAAUUCAAAAUACCGCAAACACUCGUUCUGUCAGUCGCCUACCAAUGGAUCGCGGACUCCUUGUUAUAAGAUUUUUCGUUUUUACUCCGUUUUUAAUGCCCAACAAUCCCCUACUUCUCUUCGUUUAGCGAAAUUUUUUUCAUAUAUAGUUUUCGCUUCAAAUUCGUUAACGUGCAUCGUGUAUUAUAUCUUAUUGUUUUUUUUUUAUAUAUAUGUCUUUAAACAAAAAGUAGUAAAAUAUGAUUUUAGAGUUUUUUUUUUUUAAUAUAUAUAAAAUAUGUGUAUAGACAUUAGGGUGUUUAGAUUAUAGUGAGUGAAUUAUGUAACAUAACGAUUAUAUUAUAUAAUAUAUACUUUAACAUAAUAAUUUUAAUAUAAUAUUGUGUACGGUAUUUAAAGAUAAUAUAUAUAUAUAUUACAUAUAUGUAUUUGAUUAUUAAAUUUAAAUAUAAAAAUUAAAAGUUUUUAACUAAUAAAAUAGGUACGAUAUAAUUAUAUUUAAUAAUAUUUAUGUGUAUUGAAAAAUCGUCGGUUCAAAGUACAAAAACUUUAAGUAAAAAAAAAAUUAACAAUAAUCACCUGUCCACUAUGUGUUUAGACGCCUAUAUUUAUAUUAUAUUAUUAUAUAUUAUGAAAAAAAAAAAUGUUGAAUUUUAUUCAGAAGUGUAAAAGUGUUGGUGUAGAACGGAGAUUAGUGUUAUACAAAUUAAUUAUAACUAUAUGAGGCCUAAUAUUGAAGGUGCGUUUUUUUAUAUAGACGGUCAGGACUCAGAUUCUUCCCCUUUCAAUUUUUUUUUUCAAAUUAUUAUUAUAUUAAUUAUACGAAUACAUAUAUUUAUGUUUAUAUAAAAACGGUAAAGUUUCAACAAGAAGUCUACGAAGUCUGGCAGAAACAUCCUAUGUUUAUUAUUUGUUUUCAAUUUUUUUUUUUUUUAAUAUAUAUAAAAUAUGUGUAUAGACAUUAGGGUGUUUAGAUUAUAGUGAGUGAAUUAUGUAACAUAACGAUUAUAUUAUAUAAAUAUAUACUUUAACAUAAUAAUUUUAAUAUAAUAUUGUGUACGGUAUUUAAAGAUAUAUAUAUAUAUAUUACAUAUAUGUAUUUGAUUAUUAAAUUUAAAUAUAAAAAUUAAAAGUUUUUAACUAAUAAAAUAGGUACGAUAUAAUUAUAUUUAAUAAUAUUUAUGUGUAUUGAAAAAUCGUCGGUUCAAAGUACAAAAACUUUAAGUAAAAAAAAAAUUAACAAUAAUCACCUGUCCACUAUGUGUUUAGACGCCUAUAUUUAUAUUAUAUUAUUAUAUAUUAUGAAAAAAAAAAAUGUUGAAUUUUAUUCAGAAGUGUAAAAGUGUUGGUGUAGAACGGAGAUUAGUGUUAUACAAAUUAAUUAUAACUAUAUGAGGCCUAAUAUUGAAGGUGCGUUUUUUUAUAUAGACGGUCAGGACUCAGAUUCUUCCCCUUUCAAUUUUUUUUUUCAAAUUAUUAUUAUAUUAAUUAUACGAAUACAUAUAUUUAUGUUUAUAUAAAAACGGUAAAGUUUCAACAAGAAGUCUACGAAGUCUGGCAGAAACAUCCUAUGUUUAUUAUUUGUUUUCAAUUUUUUUUUUUUAUUAUUAUUAUUAUUAUUUAAAUUAAUAUUAUUUUAGAUAAUUUGUUACGCAUUCGUUUUUAUAUUACCAAUUCACUAUAGAGAUUAUCUCGAGGAAUAUUUUUUUUUAUUAUUAUUAUUAUUAUUAUUAUUAUAUAUUUUUUUUCGCUUUCAUAUAAUAAACAUGAGAUACAUAAAUAUUAUUUAUGUAUUAUUAUAAAAAACAUAAUUCGUUGUUUUUCGAGUCUGUGUACACAACAUGUCACGACACCGAAAUUGCACAACGUCGUUUCCGGUGUUUGGGUUUUCACUGCAGUGCUCUCUGUGAAUACCUUGAAAAAGAAUGUUCCUAAAUUGUUUUACUUUCCUGAUGAGAAUAAUAAUGAAGUGUAAGUUUUUUUUUUUUUUCGUGAUUCCCUAUAAUUUAAUAUUAUUAUGAUUAUUAUAUGAACUGUUUAAUCGCGCGCGAUGUGUAACCGAAAAGUUGUGUGUAUUAUAUAUGAUGUUAAAGACGACGACCACAUUGUGUGUGUCGUCUGAGUAUCAUUUCUUAAAGCGUGUGUGCACUACACUCACAUAAAGUAUUAUGUAUAAUGCCCCCACCCCCUCAGGAUUUUUUUCUCUAAUAUUAUAAUUUUUCCGCGAAUGUUUUAAUGUUUAACAUGAUAUAUUUAUAUUAUAUAUAAUAUGCAGUAUGGUAUUGUGUUUGUGAUGUUUUAUAUUUUGUUUUAAUCAUUAUUAUUAUUUAUUAUUAUUAUAUACAUUUUUUUUUUUAGUCGACUUAGAGCGUGGAUGAUUAUAUAAUUUACGUGGGGACUGGAGAUCGCACUACGUUACGUAAUAAUAAUUGUAAUCAUUAAUAUUAUAUAUCACAAUAAUAAUAAUUAAUAUUAUAAUUUAUGCUAUCAUUAUAUGUCGAACGAUUACAAUGUUAGAAUAAAACAGUUUAUUAUUCACGA